UAUUAUUAUAGACCUGAAAGAAAACACAAUAAUGUUGAACAUUGACGUAAACAGGAAGAAAGAAAGGGAAAUCUUGAAUAUAAAAUAUCCAUUGUUGCAUUCAAAUUGAAAUAUAGUUGUGUCCCUCCCCAAAAUUCAACGAUUCAUUCAUUGCAGAUUAACCUAAUUUACAAAAAUUAACGUUUUCACUUCAUUCAACAACUUGUGGCUUCCAAACAAUUACAUGGGAAACUGUGUGGUUAAGUCUCACUCUCAUGUGAAAGAUGAUGAUUCUGUUCAUCACGUGGAAUUUGCUUCUGGGAAGGUUCAUCUUAUUAAUACCAAAGAAUCUUGGGACGAAAAGUUAGAACAAGCAAGGGGAGAUGGAAAAAUUGUCGUUGCAAAUUUCAGUGCAACAUGGUGUGGUCCUUGUAAGAUGAUUGCACCAUAUUAUUGCGAGUUAUCAGAGCAUUAUCCAUCCAUUAUGUUCUUAUUAAUCGAUGUGGAUGAACUAAUUGACUUUAGCACAUCGUGGGACAUUAAAGCCACACCAACUUUCUUUUUUCUUAGAGAUGGACAAGAGAUUGACAAACUUGUAGGAGCCAACAAGCCAGAGUUGGAGAGGAAGAUUGCUAGUGUUAAUGUAGUUCCCCGACACCAAUAGCGAUUAUUUUACUUUCCGUAUUCAUAAAAGUUAUGCUCAACUCUUCUCUCAUCAGAGCCUGCAGUGAUAUAUAUGUAUUCAAUGUGUAAUCCUAGAGAUUUGUCACUAUUUUUUUUGUAAGUAAAUAUGCAGACAUUUCAAACGAAUAUCUUGUAUUCAAUUGAUAUCAUUGUAGUUAAAAGAAGUUUAUUUCUGAUAUAUAAAGAAUUGUUGAGCUUUACAGUUUUAAAAA